GAGAAGAAAAAUUUCCAAAAAAAAGGACAUUUGUCAAUUAGGUCUUCGAUCUAACCGAACUAUUCAAUUUUAAUUAUUUUGGUUCGGGAAAAAACUUAAACCCCGAAUAAUUUUUGUUUACGUCUAGAAACGUGGUGGGAUGCGGGGAUUGAAUGGCCUGUGAUGGCGAACUGACAAUCUUUCCUUGUUCACAUGCAUGAAAGGAGUGGAGUAUGGACAGAAACAACCGUCUUCCGAUCAAAUUUCCGCCAGUCAAGAUUAGAUCCGGUCGUCCAGUCCCUGUUGUCCUUCGCCGGUUGCUGCUCGUCUGUCUGUCCGCGUACGAAUCACAAUGUUGAUACAUGCUUUGAGCUUAUUGGUUUUCCACAAGGUUAUGGACGUGGUCGAGGUUCCAUGUCCCGGGGUGGUGGAGGAAGAGGUGGUGGUUGCGGGCUCCAGUCCAGUGCUGGUCGAGGGUUUGGCCAUGGGCCUGGCAGCGCUGGACACAACAGCAGUCCGACAAACCCUUCGACUUGAAGCAACAGCGGCACGGCUAAUGCAGUCAAUAGUGAAGCCCCCGCUAAUUUAAGUGAUCAAAUGGCACACAUUAUGUCUCUUCUUUAGUCGUUCGUGUCCAGUCAAUAUAAUGGACCGUUCGUCGAAAAUGGAGAUUGGUCAGGGUG